AUUGUUUUGGCCUCCUGCGCCAGAGAUGUCUUCGCUCACCAUGAUGCGCAGAUUCGACGUGUGGCGAGCGGCAUCUGCACACGGAGAUUGAGGACAGUUUGCUCGGCUUCGAUUCGGCGAGCCUUGUGUGGCCUUCCCGGCCUCUUUGAGGACAGCAGAGGCCUUCGCAGAGGCGCCCUGAUGGCUGGGAUCCAUCGGUGAGGCGCCUGGGGCGAUGUCGGAGGGCAUCGCGGAGGGGCCGGGCGGACCGGUGAGGCCAACAGGACGACAAGAGGGCGGGAGUGACAGAUCUGCACGUCGGUGUGAUGCUGUUUGCUUGUCUGGUCAGGACGGCAGCAUGCAUUGGCCGCAGCGGAGAGGUGCGCCCAUCGGACGACAAACGACCCACAGACCAUUACUGACGUGUCCCUGUGUGUGUGUCGUAGUGCAGCCGUGUGGGUGAACCAGUUAGUUCGGAGGGCGUCACGGAUUGGCUGCGGCGACACGACGAUCAUGCGGGCGGUGCGGCUGGUCAGUGUCGCUGAUGUGCCCAAUGAGCCGACACACACAUGGGUACUUAGACGGGACACAAACAGGCAGGCACACCAACCGACACACCGCACACCUGUUUGGCUGUCUGUGUGUGCAGCUGGUGGUUCGUUGGAUGGCUGAUAGAUCUGAGUGUGGGCUGCAGUGUCUGGAGAGGCUCUUCACUGCCGCCGGCAUGGACACACACGGCCGCCUUCUUAUUCGCCAAAUACCUCAUGGUCAGUCGGUCGGCCACUCACACCCAGACACCUCCAGCCAUGGAAUGGCUUACCCCUGCCUGUCUGUGCCCUUUGUGUGUGUUUGUUCACAGUUUUUGUCGAUGUGCGACGUCGAUUUGGCCGCGUGCGAUGUCGGCCUGCUGGCCGCCACGGCCGUCUACAUCACACGCAAGACCAACCAGGACCAAACAACGGGCCGCAUAUGGGUCAGCCGAAGGAGCACCACGUGUCAUGAUGUGUGUGUGUGUGAUGGCCUGGGUGGGUCAAUGUCCGUCAGAGUGCGGCCCUUGUGGCUGAGAGUUCGGUCAGCGAGGCGGCGUUGGAGUCCAGCGUAGUGCCCCUGAGGAUGCAGCGGCUCAUGUGGGGCGACACACAGACCGCCAAAGGGGUGAGGGACACACCAGCAGGCAAUGCGCGUGUCAUUCUGUGUGUUUUAUGUGUGUAAUUGUGUGUGCAGAUAGUGACGGAUGCAGUGGAUGAGAUGUUCGCCUCGCCCAGACAUCACGGCGUCGCAUCGAUACCCAACCGCCUGCACCAGCAGGUGGCGUGACACAACUGACUUGAAGAGUGAGUGUUGCGAUGGUUCCCAUUAUGUAGGUGUCUGUUUGGUGGAUCGUGCUGCUGUGGCUGUGGCGCAUGUGCUGCCGUGUGUGGUCCUCAUCCGAGCAAACCGCGGUUCACAACCACCCUCAGCAGCAGCAGCAGGUGGGUGUGACACAGCCGACCGACAGACGUGCACCAGAUGUGUCUUGUGUGUUCUGCACUGUUACGUGUGUGUGCUGUCUGCAGGCGGGCAACAAGGAGCAUCCCCUCGCCCAUUUCUUCGCCGACGACCGGUGCUGCAUCCCCGACAUCAGCACCACACUCCAGCUGAGGGCCAAAGUGCGAUGCUUCAGAGACGCAUUCUCACCAACACAGCUGCGCAGCCGACUCGACCACUCGAUGGCCCGUGGCGGCAUCGACACUCAGCUGGUGCAGUUCGACCCAUCACUGGGGAUGCGUGAGCUGCUGGCGGCGGUGUGGAUCGGCGAGGAGGGCGGGCGGUGGGAUGAGACGCGGGAGGUGCUGCAGCUAGCCAGCCAGUGCCGCUACUGCACGCUGCCCGUCAACCUCACCGCAGAUAACAUCAACACACACGCCAGCAAGACGGUAAGGCACACACACACAGAGGGACAGAGAGGACUCAUUCAUUCUUCUCUCUCCGUCUGUCUGUCUGUCUGCUUGUGUGCUCGUGUGUGUAGGAGUAUAUGUGUCGGCUCCCCGUGUGUUGGCGCAGCUCAACAUGGUCGGCCGCCACAUCCACUUCAGUGACGGCAGGUGCCUGCAGCUGUUCCAACACAAUGGUGAGGUGCGGGCCAUCACUGACGAGCCCGACUUCCGGCUGGAGGUCGACCCGCCCCCCCCUGCCGGCCACCUGUAUCGGCAGCACCGACAGCCACACGACCCGCCGAUGCGUGAGAGCAUAUACUACUCGACCGACUGCGGAUGGGUGUCGUUCGGUGGCCACUUCACCGAUGCGUCAGUGUCGUCAUUUGUCAAGUUCAUGGUUCUCGACUACUUCAACGUGACUCACCAGAUCAAUGAGAUAUCGACAACACUCAACAGGUGACAACACAUGGAUGGCACUGAAGGCAAGGAGAGAGCGCCAUUGACUGUGUGUGUGGUUGGUUCAGGUUUGUCGCUGGCGGCCGUCUGGAUGGCCUGCUGAUCGAGUCGCCCCACACACCGGUGGCCGGCUGCACCACGACACUCGGGCUGGACGGUGAUGAGCGAUUGCUGGUGCUGACCGACGGCAGCCACCCCUUCGUCGCGUGGAUUGACAUCAGGGGAUUCGGAAACAACAACGGUAAGACUGACAGAGAGGGAGUGCUGCUGGUCAAAUGUCGCAUGUUCUCCUUCCCCUUGUGCGCAGUGCUCGUUAGUGUCGUGACCACUGAGUCGUCUGUGUGUGAGGGUGGUCCCUUCAAGCACCGCUUCCCGGUGACCACUCGGCUGGCUCGUGUGGCGUUGGGGCCAGGAGUGGCGCCAUAUGUCUUCGACGGUCAAGUAGACAACGACAGCGACGAUGAUGACGGUGCGGAGAGGGGAGGGGAGGGACACACACAUUCGGUGGUGAUGGAUGGAUGACAUUUCUUCUCUGUGUUUGUGUGUGUGGUGUAGAUUCCGACGGCCAUGGCGACGAUAGUGACGAUAUGGAUGCCGACAGCGACGGGGGUACACAGAAAGGCACACACAAUCAGUACGCACGGAUGCCCCAAUGUCAAUCCACAUCGGCAGAGGAGGAAAACGACGAGGAUGAAGGCGAUAACGGUGGUGACGAAAGCGGUGAGUGGACGGACAGACAGAGGGAUGAGGGAGGGAGGGAGACACACUCGCGUGAAUGGAUGGAUAAUGGGCCUUCUUUAUGUGUGUGGUGCAGACGGUGAUGGUGGCGAUGAGAGUGACGAGAUGGAUCUCGACAGCGAACACCGCAGCGGAGGUACAAAAGAAGGAGGGAAGGCACACACAGCACACCACAGAUGCCCUUGUCUCGAUCCGCAUCACAGGCAUGUCUGUGUGUGCGUGUGUGUGCGUGAUUGUGUGUGUCUUGAUGACAGGUGAGGACGCAUCAGCCGAGGAGGAGAAUGGCAGGCAGCGUUGACGACACACACACACCAAUCAUCAUUAUACAUGCCGGUAAGUACGCCGAUACCUACCCCUCACAGCCCGUGGUGUCUGUCAUUGAAUUGACCCUGACUGAACCAUUUUUCUCUUUUCUUUGUGUGUGUGUGUGUGUGUGUGUGUGUAUCCUGCCUGCCUGCAGUAGCAAGCUGUCUGGUCGCCUCGACGCAUAGCUGUGCGUAGUGUAGAUGAGAGGCUGAUGGCCCACCGACUCCGCGAUUCCCCGACUGCCUGCCGGUGUGCACCUCUCUCCCCCACUCUCGCGCCUUCUAUCUAUCUGUCUGCGUCGAUACCCCUCCCUCCUGCUGGCUGCGUGUGACGUAUGGUGUCUCUGACUGAUUGAUGCAGACGUGUGUGUGUUUGUUGAUCUGUGGGUCCCGUGUGCCUGACUUGCCGUGUCUGUCUUGCCCCCUCUCUCCAUCCACAUGCCCAUAUCUGACGUCCUUGGCUGCCUGGCUGCCUGGGUUCGGGGGUGGUGCUGUGUCUCAUCGAUGCUGUCUUGACUGCUGCCAUGGUGGGGUGUGAGUAUUGACCAUGGGUGUACUGUGCUUGUACAGCCUUUUCUCAUGCACUGUGUCGUGACCGUCAUUGAGAGACAAAUCCGCCCUGCGAACCUCAAUCAUCUCAUCGGCAGCCAGAGAGCAUCCCCCACUCACUCACUCACUCACUCCAUAUACAUACCACGUGUAAUCGAGAGCCUGCUGGGUGUGACUUGCCUGUCCGUCCGUCCGUCUGUCUGUCUGUCUGUCGGGCGAGCGUGUGGUGAGCGGGGGACGAGAGGAAGCGCACGUAUUGUGAAAAUGUCAUGACAUGCAAUGCCAUGCUCGGUGCACCGUGUGCAUGGGAUUCGUUGAUUCCGUGUGCGAUGCAUUUUGACUGUGUACAGAGGGAUCGGGGCGGGGUAAUUGCUUUACAGAAAUGAUAGGUUUAUACGGUGAUUGCUUUUAGCGAUACUUACUGUACACGGUGAUCACUCUGUACAGAACCGCAUAAACCAAUCACCUCACAAACAGACUCAAAUUAGCCAUUCGAGCCGACCACUCAUGGCUCAAAAUGACCGCAAGACGAUGAAGCACCCCUCUGUGAAAGAGCGG